AACUAAAAUAUGGAGCAAAUAGUGAAGAAAGAUUCUCCUGCGGUUUAUGUGGUGAGAAGAAGGCCUCGUGUGGUGGGCGGAGGCGGCAUUGUGGUGACAGAGAGUUCUACCCAGAAGGUUGUUUUCAAGGUUGAAGAUGACGGUUGUCUGAAUAAGAAGAGAUCUGAAGUAAUGCUUCGGGAUUGUGAUGGCAAACCUUUACUUCUUCUACGACGAGAGAAGGUGAUAGGUGAUGCAGUUAGAAUGAGCAGAGAAUGGAAAGGAUAUGCAUUUGGUUAUAACGAGGAUUCAAGGAAGGUGGUUUUUCGAUUGAAACAACCUCAUUCAUGGCUAGUAAGGAAUGGGUGGUGUCGACCCAUUACAGUCUCUGCUGGUCAAUCGGACUGUUGUGGAGGAUGGGAUUUUCAGGUGAAGGGUUUCUUCAAAGAAAGAGCUUGCGCCAUUGUUGAUUCAAUGGGGAACGCCUUAGCUCAGGUAAUAGGGAUGGAGAAGAUGAAGAAAUGGGUGAGCAAUGAUAUAUACAGUGUAGCAGUGAGAUCAGAAGCAGACAGCACCUUCGUGUUCGCCAUCAUUUCUCUACUCGAUCAUAUCGAUCGAAUGAGUCUGUGAAAGAUGAAAUUUGUUGCGUUUCUUCAAGUUAUAA